AAACAAACCACAGGCAGAAAACUGAGGACCAUGUUGUCCCUCCUGCCUCUUCGCUUGUCGUCCCCCGUAGCGAGCACGCUCCCAGGCGCCGCCUACCUCCUCCCCGGCCUCACCAGGAUUCCCAUCCUCCGAACCCCACCGCGAGCCAGCAUGAGCGCGGCCGCAUCCACGCCGGACGCAGCUCCGUCUCCCGCCGCCGCCGCCCCCGCCGCUGUCGGCGAGGAAGCGAGGAAGGAGGCCGAGGACGUGGUGGUGCAGUACGUGGUGCUGCGGCGCGACCUGGCGGACGCGUGGCCGCUGGGGAGCGUGGUGGCGCAGGGGUGCCACGCCGCCGUGGCCGCCGUCUGGGCGCACCGCGACCACCCGGAUACCGCCGCCUACUGCGCGCCCGGCAACCUCGACAGCAUGCACAAGGUAACAUUGGAGGUGAAAGGGGAAACACAGCUGAAGAACCUGGCUGAGAAACUGGAAGCAGCCGGUGUCCGGUACAAGCUGUGGAUAGAGCAGCCCGAGAACAUCCCGACUUGCAUAGCCACAGCGCCCUGCCCAAAGUCGCAGGUAGCUUCGUUCUUCAGGAAGCUAAAGCUUUGCAAAUAACCUAAGAAUAAUAUUGAUCCUUGUCUCCUCCCUUACAUGUGAGGAUCAUCAAACUGUGGAAAUCGUCCGGUUUUAUUUUCUUUGCUUAUCUUGUUCUCCGGGUUUGGCGUUAGUAAAUUGGAGCCACACAUUUUGGCCCCAUGUUAUUGUGAUACCUGUUUUGGUCUUGCAUCAACUGAUUGUUUCUGUUUAAGAAAUGGAUGUACUCGUAUUGGUAUGACAAAUAUUAGAGAAUCGAUAA